AUGAGACGCGGUGUGGUGGCCCGCUGCGCCGCCGUCCCGGCAGCUGCCCUGUGCGCCCUUACGGGAAAGCGGGUGACGGACUGGGAGGCGCACCGCCGCACCGUGGAGAUGCGGCUGUUUGAGCUGCUGAGGGCCCGGCUGGCCUCGCCCACGGAGCCGCUGCCGGCGAACCACGUCUACGCCACCAUAGCGAAUCCGUGUCGCCUCAUUGACGAGUUCAACUUUGCCAAAACGACGCGCCGGCUGGAUCGACUGCGGGUUUCCCUCGGAUUUCUGCGGCGGCACAAUGUGCUUCUCCAUAGCCUGCUCUUCCACGUGAAGGAGACAAAAACGUGGAACACCACGGCGGGCUUUGGACGAUUGGCUCUGUUCGGGGAAAGUCUGCUUCGGCACGAGGUCCGCGCGCGUACGCUGCGGCUGCUUCCCGCCAUAGACUCCGUGAUGUUCGCCACACUAACCGCCUCGAUGGUGAACGAAGAGGCGAUAUGCACCCUUUUUGAUCGCUUGGGGAUGAAGUCGCUGGUUGGUGCUAAGCCGGAGGGCAGGGACCGCGACUGGUCCUUGACAAGGGAGCAGCGUAGCCGCAUGUUUUGCGCCGUCGUAGGGGAAAUGAGCUGGUUCGCGGCGCGAACAAAGGCCACAGAUCGAACACAUAACAAUGCGCUUUUCCCGCCGUCCGAUGCACUUAUUCUUCAUGUGUUGUGCUGCCACCUACUCGAGAGUCUGCCGGCGGAGCUUAUUUACGGCGUUGUGGAACCCCGUGUGCGUCGCCUCAAGGAGGUCUGGCUCAAUGAGCCCAUGUCGCUCCCCUCACAGCUGCAUUUAAAGCCCAGAACGAUUGGCGCGCUUUCGCUGGCCCUGGAGAAGAAACCUAUUUGCGCCGAAGAACGCCUUCGCAAGGCGGCAGCACAGGAUGCCAACGUAUGUCGUCCCUCCCUCUCCCCCGAGCGUGUUGUUGGUGGCUUUCAAUCCACAAUGCGGCCUCGUUGGAACUAUAAGCGCUUCGAUGAGCGACGAUAUCAACUAUUGAGCGACGACAAGAGGAGUUGUUUGCCUCUGUUUUCUUUGCCAACGCCCAGGGAUUCUGCCGCCCCUGCGGCUGUAACGAUGACAGACGAAAGACGUAGGGAGUUAGUUGCUGCGGCGUUGGAGUGGGAGAUGCGUGGCACGGCAAAGGACACGGUGUGA